UUGAACUUAGAGCCUCAUACUUGCUAGGCACUUGAGCCAUACCUUCAUUCCUUUGUUUGCUUUGGUUAAAUUUUUGUGGUAGGAUGUUGAAUUUUUGCCUGGACCGACUGGGCUGUUAUCCUAUUUAUGUUUCUCACAUAGCUAAGAUGACAGGUUCAGCCACUACACCCAGCUGUUGGUUGAGAUGGGGUCUUAAUAACUUUUUGCCUGGGGCUGGCCUCAAACCUCUGUCCCUCUGAUCUCUGCCUCCCAAGUACUGAAAUUACAGGCAUGAGGCUCUGUGCCAGCCCUGUGUUAGCUCCUUAGGGCUUCUAUAGCAAAGUGCCACAAAUUAAGGGACUUAAAACAACAGAAAUUUAUUCUCUUACAUUUCUGAAGGCUAGAAGUCUAAAACCAAGGUGUCAGAGGGCCCAUGCUUUUUUGUAGGCUGUAGGGAGGAUCUAUCCUUGUGUGCUCCAUCAUCUGUUAACUCAGGCAUUUCUUGGCUUGCAGCAGAUUCACUGCAGUCCUGCUUCUGUCUUCAGAUGUUCUUCUGCUUUCAGUGUGUGCCUUCACAUGGCAUUCUUUAUUGUGGGUCUGUGUCCACAAUUUUCUUUUCUCAUAAGGAUGCCAGGUGCCUGUGAACCUCUGGUCACCUGGUUUUCUUUAAUCAGUGCAAUCUUGCUUUAUGUGUUUUCUGACUAAAGACAUCUCACUUAAUACACACUGUUGCUCACUGUUGAUUCAUAAAUAUUGAACUCAGCCUCUCCUAUUGAACUUAUCUAUAGCACUAUGACUCCUGUCAGAGGAAAGCUUAUUUAAUUACACGUUUUCUCCAUAAGGCACAUUGCAGCCUUCUUGUACUUACAAACAGUACGCAGCACUUUAGCACUACUGCUGGGGCCACUUUAAACACAAGAUGACCAAGAAAAGGCACAAAAGUGUGACAAGUUCUUACUAAAUAGACCGUGGAAAGGACAUUUGUUUGGCCUCAGCUAGGAACAUGCAUAUCAGGGGUCUCGCAUUUUUCCCUCCCUGCACAUCUGUGGUGACCUCAGAAGCACCAUGAGUACUGUUUUGUAGUUACAAGUAUGUUUUAGUGAGUAGGCUAAUUCACAUGUACAGAAUUUAGAGGUAAUGUAGAUCAGAUAUAGUUCCCUGCACAGGCUAUAAUUUUAAUAACAAAGUUGUUUUUGAAAUAUUUAAGGCAAUUAUUAUUUUUUCAUGGGUUAUUUGUGGAAAAAAAAACAUGGAAAGAAGUAUCAUACUUUUGUGAUUAUUCAUGCCUCUCCUGUUUCCAUGUCAUUGAUGUCAUGUUGUCCCCUCAGAACUGGACUCUGCUGCUGUCUACUCAUGACGUUGUAAUGGCCCCUACUUGUGCUCAUCCCUCUGCCCUACUCUGUGUCUUGAGAUCUUCUUCCAAGGGAGGACGUGAGUGGGCUGGUGGCCACCAAAGUGGUCACUCAGUGUGAUCUUCUGCAUACAGCUUUGCCAGUGUUCCCACCCAUAUUCGGGAUGUUUCAUGUCAGUAAUUCUCUUCCUUCCUGUGUCCCAUUAGACUGGAAAUGAAGAUAACAGGGAAUGUUUUAUCAUUUCCAGUUCCUGGAACCUCAUUCUCAAUUACGCCUUGAGUCCCAUGAAGAGCAGCUUCGUGGGGACUUCUCAAGGUCAUUCCAUGUCCUUUUAUAAUGUCUCUAAGGUUAUUGUUACUGCCUCAAAGAAUGGUGGCCUGGAGCCCGCUGAUGAUUGGGUGGAGCCACUCUGUAAUGGCAGCUGUGCCUGGGAAGAACUUCAGGACUGGCAUGAUUCUGUACUGAACAUUUCCUGUGUAGAAGGCAGCGUUUUGGCUUUGUAGGAUUGUAAGAAUACCUGUAAGAAUCAAAUAAGAACCUACAAGAAGUUCGCACUCUGAAAGAACUUAAAAUUUGCAUAGGAAGAGAGGGUAACAUAGCUAAAAAGUUUAUAGGUAAGAGACAAGACUACUUUACUUAUAACAGGUGCCAUAAAGCAGUGUUUGAUUUUCAAAUGAGCAGUGUAUGAUCUGUCAGUAGUGUAGGAGUUGGAUGGGGAGGGAUACUUCAGGCCAGAGUGGUCUGGGAAGGCCUUGUGAAGAAGGAGGGUGGGAGCUGGGACUCAGAGGAUGGAUAAGGACAAGAAAGCCCAGAGAAAGAGGAGUAAAGAGCUUGGUAUGAGCAAGAUCAGAGGUGUCUGCAACUGAGUGGACUAGACCUGUGAGAAGCAUACAAAGGAAAAGCAGGUGGCUCGUCAUAGGUGAAGCCUGUGAUUCUUGUAACAAUGCUUAUAUUCCAGCAGUAGUGGGGCAUAGAGGGAGGAAAGUUUGGCAGGCCUGAAGAGAGAGGUAUGAGGUAUUGACUAUCUCAGGCCACAUUCAUCUGAACAGAGUGGGUUACAGGAGCAAGAGACAGCUACGGUUUGAAAGGAUUAUACUGUCCAUAAAGUCCUAUAGGUGUAGGCUUGAGUCACCAUUGCCUUUGCUUUCACAUCCCAGAUGAAAUGUCUAAGGACACAAACAGAGUGGUAAACAGUUUGGAUGAUGCUCUGUUAAUGAUCUGCCUUGGCUGUAUUUUGGUGGGCAAGGGAAGGACCAUCUCAGAAAAGAAUCUGGAAGGGUGUGCGCUGGUAGAAGAAACAGGUGCAAAGCACAUGAAUUAUUUUCAAAGGGAAAGUAAGCUGAAGAACAAGGGAUGCUAGGGCCAGGGAGGAGGCUGGUAUUGAAGGGAAGUGCAUUAGGGUAAAAGCAAAGGCACAGAUGAGAAAAGGGCAGAGGGCUGAUAAGCUUGAACUUAAGUCAGGAGAGAAUGGCUGGUUCCUUGGAGAGACCAAAUGAUUCCUUCAGAGUUUAAGUGUCAGUAUUGGGAGUUCAAAGCAUUUAUGGAACUCAGAUACCCCAAAAGAACAAAUUGGCUACCCCAGCUCUCACAAAACUGUUCUGCUCCGGCCAUGUUUGGCCCUUGGAAGGAUAAUACCAAAGGUGGUGUAAAUGCUGGUCCCCUGAAUGCCUGGGCACCAUGCCAGUGGAAAGGAUGCGAAUGCGCCCAUGGCUGGAGGAACAGAUAAACUCAAACACGAUACCAGGGCUAAAGUGGCUUAACAAGGAAAAGAAGAUUUUCCAGAUCCCCUGGAUGCAUGCAGCUAGACACGGGUGGGAUGUGGAAAAAGAUGCACCCCUCUUUAGAAACUGGGCAAUCCAUACAGGAAAGCAUCAACCAGGAGUAGAUAAACCAGAUCCAAAAACGUGGAAGGCAAAUUUUCGAUGUGCCAUGAAUUCCUUGCCUGACAUUGAAGAAGUUAAGGAUAAAAGUAUAAAGAAAGGAAACAAUGCCUUCAGAGUGUAUCGGAUGCUGCCCUUAUCAGAACGGCCUUCUAAGAAAGGAAAGAAACCAAAGACAGAAAAAGAAGACAGAGUUAAGCACAUCAAGCAAGAACCAGUUGAGUCAUCUUUGGGGCUUAGUAAUGGAGUAAGUGAUCUUUCUCCUGAGUAUGCGGUCCUGACUUCAGCUAUAAAAAAUGAAGUGGAUAGUACGGUGAACAUCAUAGUUGUAGGACAGUCCCAUCUGGACAGCAACAUUGAAGAUCAAGAGAUUGUCACUAAUCCACCAGACAUUUGCCAAGUUGUGGAGGUGACCACUGAGAGUGAUGACCAACCGGUCAGCAUGAGUGAGCUCUACCCUCUGCAGAUUUCCCCUGUGUCUUCCUACGCAGAAAGUGAAACUACGGAUAGUGUGCCCAGUGACGAGGAGAGUGCUGAGGGGAGACCACACUGGCGGAAGAGGAACAUUGAAGGCAAACAGUAUCUCAGCAACUUGGGGACACGGAGCACUUACCUGCUGCCCAGCAUGGCGACCUUUGUUACUUCCAACAAGCCAGAUCUGCAGGUCACCAUCAAGGAAGAGAGCUGUCCGGUGCCUUAUAACAGCUCCUGGCCUCCAUUUACAGACCUCCCUCUCCCUGCCUCCGUGACCCCCACACCCGGCAGUAGUCGGCCAGACCGGGAAACUCGGGCCAGUGUCAUUAAGAAGACAUCUGACAUCACCCAGGCCCGCGUCAAGAGCUGUUAAGCCUUUGACUCUUCUUGCUGGUUGUUGGGAUUUCUUGGCUUUGUGUUGUUGUUUGUUUGUAUUUUAUUUUUCUCUCUGACGCCUAUUUUAGACAAAUCUAAGGGAAAAAACCUUGACAAUAGAACAUUGAUUGCUGUGUCCAACUCCAGUACUGGAGCUUCUUUUUAACUCAGGACUCCAGCCUCUUGGUAGAUGCAUAUCUCUAGAACCUGCUGGAUCACCCAGGGCUACUCCCUCAAGUUCAAGGACCAACAGCCACACGGGCAGUGGAGGUGCUGCAUUGCCUCCAGUCAAGGCCAGCAUGGUGGAGUGGAUGCCUCAGAAUGGACGAGAAAAUGUGAACUAGCUGGAAUUUUUUAUUCUUGUGAAUAUGUAUAUAGGGCAGUACUAGCAACGUUGCAGUCUGCUUCUGCACCUUAUCGUAAAGCACUUACAAUAGGCCUUCUCGUGAUCUUGCUCUAUAUCACAGCACAUUCAGUGUCCCCUCCGCCCAGAACCCCACCUACCAUCCCUUCCCGUUCUGUCCCACCCAGUCCUUUCCUCCUUUUCCUCCCCUCAGAGGCUGUGUUGCACAUCCUGGAGGAGGAGAAGAAGAAAAUGAACUUCUCCACAGAUGUCCCAUUUUAAGACUGCUUGAAAAAAAAUCUUUCUAAUCUGCUAUGCUUGAAUGCCACGCGGUACAAAAGAAAAUUAUCAUGGAAAUAUUAUGCAAAUUCCCAGAUUUGAAGACAAAAAUACUCUAAUUCUAACCAGAGCAAGCUUUUUUAUUUUUUAUACAGGGGAAUAUUUUAUUCAAGAUAAAAUUCUAAAUAAAAUAUAAUUGUUUUUUAUCUUUUCUACAGCAAAUUUAUAAUUUUAAGAUUCCUUUUCUUGUUUAUCAGCAGUUAUUACAUCCUUGUGGCACAUUUUUUUUUAAUUUUGUAAAGGUGAAAAAAGCUUUUAUGAGCUCAUGUAGCAAUCAAAUUAUCCUGUGGAUUGAAAAUAAAUGAAUAUGAUAUAUA